GCGCUACAGAGCGGCGGGUGGGCGGAGCAGAGCGGCAGCCUCCCGCCCGCUCCCCCGUUGCUAACAUGGCGUCUCGGAGAGCUCGCGCCGCCUCAGAACAUGACAGUGAUGAUGACUCAUAUGAAGUACUGGAUUUAACAGAAUAUGCAAGGCGUCAUCAUUGGUGGAGCCGGGUAUUUGGCAGAAAUUCUGGACCUAUUGUAGAAAAGUAUUCUGUAGCUACUCAGAUUGUAAUGGGUGGUGUAACAGGCUGGUGUGCAGGAUUUUUGUUCCAGAAGGUUGGAAAACUUGCAGCAACUGCAGUAGGAGGCGGUUUUCUUUUGCUACAAAUAGCUAGUCAUAGUGGCUAUGUUCAGGUUGACUGGAAAAGAGUUGAAAAAGAUGUAAAUAAAGCAAAAAAGCAGCUCAAAAAACGAGCCAACAAGGCAGCACCUGAAAUCAACACACUGAUCGAAGAGUCAACAGAAUUCCUGAAACAGAACAUAGUGGUAUCUGGUGGGUUUGUUGGAGGCUUCUUGCUGGGACUUGCAUCUUAAGGACAUGCCUUCCAUCCUCCGAAGGCUUAAACCAUGGUAAAGAAGAAUCGUAGCCCAGUCUUUAAGCGAGGCAGUCUGAGUUGUUCACUAAUCGAUCCUGAGCAAGAAGGAUGGAUUUGCCAGACAAAUCGGAGUACUUUACACAUUUUAGGCUUUGCCUCCUUAAGCUUGCCAAAACAGCAAAAGCUUGCUGAAAGUUCUGCAAUGUCUUCAGUAGCAUUCCUGAAGAAAAAAAAAACUUAGCUAACUUUUGUCAUGAAUUUUAUCAUCGUAUCUCCAUAUUCUCCAUUCAGAAUUCAACAUAUUUACAUAUUUAAUAAGUUAUCUUUUGACUCUGCACCUUUAUCCAGUUUUAGGGGUAUAUAUUUUUAUUAUUUAAAGCUGUCUUUUGUGGUUAAUAAUGCCUAUGGCUAAAUGUGUAGAAUAUUGUGCUUCAAGUAUGGGGCUAGUCAUCUUCUAUAGAAAUCACUGCAAUAACAAUCUGUAAUCUGUAAUACUUUUUCUGCAAAAAUGAGAUAACAAGCAAGUGUGAAUCCAUUAAAGAGUGAAGAAGAAGAAAACUGA